GUAAAAAACUUUAAAAAAUAUCCCAUUUCUUUCUUUCUUUGUUUCUCUAAACUCCUCUUUCUCUCUUGUUCUUCUUCAUCCUUUUGCUGCUCUCCUAUUUUCUCUCUCCUCUGCUCUUACUCUGCUGCCUGCCCAGGUCUACUUCUGGUCGGGUGGUUGCUUAUUACCUCAACUUUCUCUCUCCUCACUUUUAGCUUGUUCUUGUUUACUCCAAAAAUCCCAAAAAAAGGGAGCUUUUAUUUUUAUUUUUAUGGGGGUUUCAUUUCAUUUCAUUAUGUCUUGAAACUCGUGCUUUUAGAAAAAAAAUUUCACUUGUGUUGAGCUCCUUUUGAAAGUUUGGAUUUUUAAGUAAUCACUGCUAUUAUUGGUAAAAUAUAUAGGAAAAAGUUGGUUUUUUUUUUUUUUUGAGGUGGGUGUUUGGGAAAAUGGUUUAGGAGGGGUUUUGAAGGUGUGAAUUUAUGUGGGUGUGGUUUAGUUUUGUGAAAUGUGGGGUGAUUGACCCUUUUUGGGUGGAUUUUUUGAGUGUGGGUUGUAAUUUGAAGUGUGUUAGGGAGAACUAAUGAAGGAAUGGAAUGUGGUAAUUAGCAGGAAAAGGGUUUUUAUGGGAAGUAAGGGUUUUGAAUUAUUGGAUAUGUUUAAGUGGGAGAUUAUUAAGUUGCAUAUUAGUAAGGAUUGUUUAAGCUAGCUUUUACCCAGAAUAGCAAAAAGUGGGAUAUGAAGCUUUCAACAUCAGGAUUGGGUCAGCAAGGGCAUGAAGGGGGUGAGAAGAAGUGUCUGAAUUCUGAACUAUGGCAUGCUUGUGCUGGCCCACUUGUGUGUUUACCGACUGCCGGAAGCCGCGUGGUUUACUUUCCUCAGGGUCAUAGUGAGCAGGUUGCUGCCACUACCAAUAGAGAUAUCGAUGGCCAGAUACCAAAUUACCCCAGUUUGCCUCCUCAGUUGAUCUGCCAGCUUCACAAUGUCACAAUGCAUGCUGAUGUUGAGACAGAUGAAGUGUAUGCCCAAAUGACUUUGCAGCCAUUGAGUCCGCAAGAACAAAAGGAUAUUUAUCUUCCUGCUGAUUUUGGGAUCCCAAGCAGGCAGCCAACCAAUUACUUUUGCAAGACAUUGACAGCUAGUGACACCAGUACUCAUGGAGGAUUUUCUGUUCCUCGCCGUGCAGCUGAGAAAGUUUUUCCUCCACUGGACUACUCUCAGCAGCCACCUGCUCAGGAGCUGGUUGCUAGGGAUCUGCAUGAUGUUGAGUGGAAGUUUAGACAUAUAUUUAGAGGACAGCCCAAAAGGCACCUACUUACUACAGGGUGGAGUGUCUUUGUCAGUGCUAAAAGACUCGUUGCUGGAGAUUCUGUGCUGUUCAUAUGGAAUGAGAAGAAUCAACUUCUUUUGGGAAUUCGCCGGGCCACUCGGCCUCAAACUGUGAUGCCUUCAUCUGUUUUAUCAAGUGACAGUAUGCAUAUAGGACUUCUAGCAGCUGCAGCUCAUGCUGCUAAUACUAAUAGUUGUUUUACUGUUUUUUUUAACCCACGGUCAGUAUCAUACAAGCUCUGUUUUUUAACUCUUGUUUUUUUCCUGGUCUUAGUUCGCCUGAGUAUUUUCUCUCUGUUCUGUACGUCUUCUUUUCUUUUUCCCUUCAUUCUCAUCAUAUUUAUAAAUGUGUUCAGGGCAAGCCCAUCUGAGUUCGUCAUACCUUUGUCGAAAUAUGUUAAAGCUGUUUAUCACACACGUGUUUCUGUGGGGAUGCGAUUUCGUAUGCUGUUUGAGACUGAAGAAUCAAGUGUUCGGAGAUACAUGGGUACAAUUACUGGAAUUAGUGACUUAGAUACUGUUCGUUGGCCAAAUUCUCAUUGGAGAUCAGUGAAGGUUGGUUGGGAUGAGUCAACUGCUGGUGAAAGACAACCACGAGUGUCACUAUGGGAAAUUGAGCCAUUGACAACCUUUCCCAUGUAUCCAUCUCUCUUCCCACUCAGGCUCAAAAGACCUUGGCAUGCUGGUACUUCAUCAUUGUCAGAUAAUAUAGAUGAUGCUGCGAACAGUUUAAUGUGGUUGAGAGGACAAGGCGGGGAACAAGGUCUUAAUUCUGUCAAUUUUCAAUCCCUAGGAAUGUAUCCGUGGAUGCAGACCAGAGUCGACAGUUUGCUUCCACUUAGCAAUCAGAAUCAGCAGUAUCAAGCCUUGUUAUCAUCCGGUUUUCAGAAUCUAAGAGGCGGUGAUAUUAUAAAUCCCCAGAUGAUGCAGUUUCAACAACCUAUGCAAUAUCUUCAACAGUCAAACAGUCAAAUUCCUAUGUUGCAACAGCAGCAGCAAUUGAUUCAUCCUUCAAUCGCCCAACAGCUUUUGCAAGGCCAGUCUCAAGUUUCCAAGGAUAACCUUCCUCAGCGUGUUCUCCCGCAGGAGUACUUCAAACAUAACGAGGGACUAGCAAACCAGCAGUUAUGUAGUCCUGAAGCUUUUUCACUUCCGAAUAAUGAAGUACAAAGUAGGCAGCAACUUAGUAUGUCAUCUUCACAUGGAAAACCAGAUUCCAAUGCUGCAAAUGCUGAGCUUUCGAGUUCUACUCACUCAUCUAUGCAAAACAUGCUGUCUUCCGCUCGUACUGAAGGGAUUGGUAACUUGUCUGACAUUUCGAAUGUAAAUCACACAUUGUUAAAUGAACAAACUUCUCAACAUCCCUUGGUAUCACUGAAUUCAUAUACACCCAUUAAUGCCUUUGGCGAUGCUGUUUCAUUACCACCGUACCCCGGAAAAGAUGCUUCCUUGGAGACUGGAAACUGUAGCUUAGAUGUGCAGAACCACAAUGUAUUUGGAGCUAAUCUUGAUUCUUCUGGGUUGGUAUUGCCAAUGACAAUGCCAACCAAUUAUCGGGCUUCUUCAAAUGAUACAGAUCUAUGCUCAAUACCAUCAGGUGCUUCUGGGUUUCACAACUCAAUGUACGGUUGUAACAGCAACUCCCCUGAGUUGCACAGUGAAGGGCAGGGUGACCUGCAAAACCCAACAAGAACGUAUGUUAAGGUGUAUAAAUCAGGAUCAGUUGGGCGUUCGUUAGACAUUUCCCGGUUCAGCAGCUAUCAUGAGCUGCGUGAGGAGCUGGGUCAGAUGUUUGGAAUUGAGGGAAUGCUCGAUGACCCUCUGAGAUCAGGCUGGCAGCUUGUAUUUGUCGACAGGGAGAACGAUGUGCUUCUCCUUGGAGACGACCCAUGGGAGGCAUUUGUGUAUAAUGUCUCUUAUAUUAAAAUACUUUCACCUGAGGAUGUUCAGAAGCUGGGGAAGCACGGAACUGAGACGUACUCAUAAUUUGCUCUUAGAAUGUUGCAGAUUGAUGUCACAGUAUAGACAUUGUUUCCACGUCUACCCUCUUCGAUAUAUCAAGCAAGUGAAGAUAAAAUGUUCUUAGUAUUUUCCUUACAGCAUGUCUGAGUACUAACUCAGCCUCUGGAGGCUUCAUGCCUCUAAUAUUAAACAACAAAUUAGUAGUUUUUGUUCAAAUACACAUUUUGUAGCUCACCUGAAGUUUAUAAUUCUGAGCUCUUGCAGGAUUUAUGUAGCUUGUGUCUUAAUUCCUAGUCAUUUGGGUAAGAGAGAUUUCCUUAGUUAACUUCUUAGACAAUUGGUCAUGAAAUUGUGGUUAUGAUAUUAGAAGUUGAGAAGACUAUUGCUAUCA